AUGCUCCUCCUCAGAGCAAGAUACGCCAACUUCCCUAGAAGAGAUAACGAAAAGUUGGUGUUAAUCGACGAGUUGCUAGCGGCCAUGACCAACACGGCUGGUCUCGUCGACAAUGUGGGCAAUAACCCUGACGAAAACGGCAAUGUCAAGGCCAUCCGCAAUAUGACAAGGGAGAGGCAAGAGAUGCUGCAAAAUACAACAUAUGAGAUCACGGGCACCAGGGACAACGGGAGUACGGUUAUCGAGAUCGGCAACAUUGCCGAGGUCAGGGACGCCUCUAGGAACCUGGUCAAAACAAUCAUCAAGCCGUUGAAACGCUCCCAGAGCGACUUUCUCGACGGGGAGUUACCCGUGGAGCUGUCCAAGCCGAAGCGAUAG